CUUACAUCAUUCCCAAUGCCAAUCAAACAGAAACGUGCUAUGUUGCCCCUCCUUCCUAUGAAUUUCCCAAUGUUACUGUUGUCAGCCAAGGUGGCAAGCCUUGUACGCCAAACCAGCACAAAAUCCCAGUAGAAACCGUAAAAGGAAUAAGGACCAAUUUGGUUGUGGACGCUCCCAUGACCAGGCCCCUGGCAUCCCGAAUCAUCCCGCGCUGGGUUCUUCCCUCACAGCACAGGAUCAGAACUGAAUUCAUCAAAGAAACCUAUAUUGGUGAAGUGACUUCCAUUGAUGACAUUGUAUCUCAAGUAGACCUUGGAGAUACUGACAACUCCACAAACAAUAAGCCUAAGUGGGAAGGUACUAGAGGCAGUGAAACAUCAGCGUACUGCUAUGCAGUAGUGUCUGGGAGCAAUGAGGAGCCUACAAACAAUGUUAAUCUGACUACCAAGUGCAUAGAACAGUCAGGAAAAUUUUGUGAGAGCUAUAGUGACAGCAUAGCGACAGACCCAGUGAGUGCUACAGCCAUCUGCAAAUCCAAGUCAAGAAAGAAAGACUGUGCCAAAACUACACAGGGUAAUGGAUGGAAGAUAGAGAGUCGGAGGCAUAAUGAGUCAAGGAAUUCAGCUGAUUCCAAACUGGUGACCAGUCCAUUAGACUCAACGUAUAGGUCUUGUGUGAGCAACACAAGUACAGAUUGGAUCACAGAAGUUUCCCCUGAGCACCAACCUUCUUCAUUGCGUUCAACCUCUACUGUUACAUCAAAUCAAUGCUCUGAACUGAAUAGGGAGCACCCCACAGCGCCUCGUGGUUCUCUUCCAGACCAAAGUACAAGCCCUCUUGCAAACAGUCACAUCAAAGAGAUGUCCCGUGACAUGAAGCCUGUAUCACAUCCAACAGAAACAGCUUCUACAAAAUCCACGCAAAAUCAUCGUCCUUUUACCAGUGUUCUACAACAAGCAACAAACAGCAACAACACCCACAACUUGACCGUCUCAUGCACUUCUCAGCAAGGUCCACCAUUGUCGCUGCAACACAACCUCAGUACCAGUCAGGUUAAAAAGAUCUCUUCUCCUCAUUACAGGGUGAUUCAUUUGGAUCCACAAGAGAAUGAGGAAACUCAACCUGCUUCCAAUGAGGUCCUGGAAGGUUCCUCUCCUGUACCUCCUCUGCAAGGCAUAACUAGUUGCCCUGACCAACAGCUGUCAAAUGGCCAAGCUCACAUCCUACUCACCUCAACAACAUCUCCUCACCAUCAACUGCAAAUGAAUACCUUACACAAGAAUGCCAAUCAAGGAGCAGAGAGUUACAAUGCACCAUCUGUAAAUAAGACAGAAGGUCUAAAUGGCCUUCUAUUGGCCAUCAAUCACCAGAGAUCCAUUGAUCAAACUGUGGAUCAAAACAGUUGCAAAAGUUGCCCCACAAUUAAGAGUCCUAAAACAGCCUUCCCAUCUCAACAGCGAGCCAUUUUGCUAGGGUCAAAAUUAGAUGCUUCAAACCAGAAUAAUAAACCAGCUCUGCCUGUGAUAAACAGGGCAAUUCUCCAAGGCUUCACUGCAAGUCCCAUAGAACCAGCCACGCACACAAUAUCUGCACUCACAGAACAGCCGGCAGCUGGAGGAAACGGGCAAUUGAUGUUGGAGAGGGACAAAGCACCCGUUCUAGCCACCCUCACAACCGGUCAGCAUCUCAAGGAUGAUUCCAUGUCAGCGACAUCUGAUGGCAGCUUGGACAAUCUGCAUUUCAAAGAAAACCCCCACAAAUCAAGACCUUUGCUGAGAAAGUUCUUCUCUGGAAUUGGCCUCAAGACUGUCUAUAAACUGAACAAACUGCGCUCAGCAAGCUUGGAGCAAAUAACUACACGGCCAUGCUCGGGGACAGAGCCGGUGUGCGAAGGGAGCAGUGCAGCAAUGAGGAUGGCUCCCUUCUUACAGUCACCCCGGAAGGUGUCCCCACUGUUCCAGCUGAGGAAAGCCUCGUCCAUCCAAUCCCUUAACUCCCAGAAGAAAAAGAAGGAUCGCUCUGGCUCAUACUUGGUAGGAGAGACAGGAGACACUGGCUCAGGUGACAGGCGGUUUGCCUCCAGGCCAGUGAGAUCCCUCAGUGUAGAAGACAUUGGAUCUCCUAAUCACCCGAGGGCUAUUGGUCAUGUGGUGAGGACCUUUCCUGACACCAGCUUCCUGCUUGAGAUGUCACGGCCUGUCAAUGGACCUCUUGGUUUCUUCAUCUGCAGGGGGAGUGGCAAAUCUCGAGGAGGGAUCUUCGUCCAUCACAUGGCUGACCAAAACACAGAGAAGUUGUAUGCAGGAUUGCUGGAACUUGGGGAUGAGAUUCUGGAGGUCAAUGGGAAAAGUGUGGAAGGCUUGACUUUCAACGAGGUCUAUAGUCUGAUAUCAGAAGGCAGGACAGUAUCCAUUAGAGUGCGGAGAAAUAAUAGCACCAAACGGUGACAGGACAUUACUAUUCUGGGCCAUAAAGUAUUACAGUGUUAUAACACACAUGGAGGAAGCUACAUCUCGUACCUGAGUGGUCACUUUGGUGAUUCUACAUCUGAUAUCAGCCUAUUUUAUAUUCUCAAGACUUCAGCCAGAUGUCCAGUGAUCAGUCUCAGGACGGUAAUGGGAAUCUGCAUUUUGAGUUAAAGUACUAAACAGUAUCUGUGUUGAAUUGCCCACUCUUCUCACGUUUGAUGAACCAAACUCCAACCGCGAUUGAUUUAAUUCACACCAUAACAUAAAGCACUCUACAUCUAAACCUAACCACCCAGCUCCUUCCUCAAUGUCAAAGCAGCCAGAAAUAGCUCAGCCAUUCAGUGAUGGUACCCCCUAAGUUUGGAGAUCUGCUUGCUGUAUUCUGGGGCUAGCCUCAGACUGUUGUAGCUCCCAGGCAGACUGACUGAACUAUCUAAAGAAAGUACAUCGGACUGAAAUGUGAGGAGUGUACAUGAUUGUGGUCAGAGUUUAGCUGAGUCUGUGAUAUCUGUGAUCCGUGACCUAGCUAAAUGCAAUUUGUCCUUCAUUUACUACUAAGAUCCAAGACAUGCAAUACAAACUACCAACGGAAUUGGAAGUUUACGUUAAGGUUGGAGUGAGUCCAUCUGGUGCAUUGUCUGGCACUGGUCACUGAGAGGCCACACUACGGCCACUUUUCCACCACACAAAGCAAGAGAAAAGUCGGUGGAUUUCCCAGAAACACUAAAGUGGUUCAAGAGACAUUUCUGGAGUGAUCAGGAAUUGGGGGCUAUUGUGAGGAAGCCACAUGACUGCUUCUGUUCAUGAAGCAACAGAUGUGUCAGGUAGGAUUUAGUUGAAAUGAAUGUAAUGUUGAUGGGAAGUUCAGUAAUGUUCUCAGUUAAACUGGACAGGAAGCAUCUGGGUGCAUGUUAAUUCCUAUAGGUAACUCCUCGCACUGUGAGAUCCCAAUUGUAGCCAUGCAG